CGUUGACAAAUCAUAAUAUUCAUUAACCAAGGUUCUAAAAGCUCGGGUUGGGCUUUUUUUACUUUACUUUCUGUUAAUUUCUCCCGUUUUUUUGUUUUUUAUAUUCAGAAUUGAUUAGUUAAUAUAUGGUUUACGACUCUAUAAUAAGUUAAUCAUGAACAAACAGUGCGCUCGGUGCGAAAAAACAGUUUACCCCACUGAAGAACUCAAAUGUCUGGACAAGGUCUGGCAUAGAUUCUGCUUCAAAUGCAAAGACUGCGGCAUGGCCUUGAAUAUGCGCAAUUAUAAAGGUUUCAACAAAGAACCUUAUUGUGACUCUCACGUACCUAAAGCCAAAGCCACAACAAUGGCAGAGACUCCUGAAUUAAAACGAAUAGCUGAAAAUACAAAAAUUCAGUCCAACGUUAAGUAUCAUGCAGAUUUUGAAAAAGCUAAAGGAAAAUUUACACAAGUAGCUGAUGAUCCUGAAACUUUAAGAAUUAAACAGAACACUAAGAUAAUAAGUAACGUGGCUUAUCAUGGAGAUUUGCAACGCAAAGCCGAAAUGGAGCAACGCAGGCAACUGAACGAAAAUGGCAAUGCUGAAAAUACCCAUGCAGCAGCUACAUUUACAACGAAAAAUCAUGUAGCAGUUGCUGCAGCUGUCCCUAUUCAUAUUCCUCUACUAAAUCCAGCAGUAGGAAAAAUUGCUGAUUACGAUCCACAAGCUUCUAAUCAUCAAUUCCAAAGCCCCUAUUCUGCAAGGACAUCACAAACUCUAAUAUACAAUUCUGAGGUUGGAGGCAGUGUAAUUGAUCAAGUACCAACUAGACAAGUCGGUUCUGUACAUGAUAUGGAUCCAGUUAAUCACAAUUAUGGAUCGCUUGCUCUGGGAAGAGUAUACAGAGCAAUGUACGACUACGAAGCCCAGGAUGAAGAUGAAGUCAGUUUCCAAGAUGGUGACUUAAUUAUCAAUGUAAGCAGCAUUGACAGAGGCUGGAUGACGGGCGAGAUUCAAAGAACAGGCCAAGUUGGCAUGCUUCCAGCUAACUAUGUCCAAUUAGCCAACAAUAUUUGAAUUAUUACCUUACUUGAAAUUAUAAUUUGGACUAGCUAAUGUGUCAAAAUCAAAUUCGAUAGUAAUAGCAGCUGUAAGAAGAAUUUAUUUUUUUGUGGUGGCUUUUCACGUCCUAUAGUUGAUCCAAAGCAAAAUUCGUUGCACGCCAUCAACGACACCAACUGCGUUUAUAUCUGGUGGAAGCUUUGUGAUGUGCGACGAAUUUAGUUUUGGAUCAAUUGCUGUUGAGUAUCUGACUUUCACCCAUGAAUAGUGACACCCCAAAUUGUAGCACCCUCAACUUUUUCACGCCUUUUUGGAUAGAGUUACAUAGUUCUCUAUAGUUCUAAUGUUGUUGAUAAAAUAUAGAUAUUAUAGUUCUGAAUAAAAACAACAAAAAAGGUACAUUACUUUUGAAAGCUAUAACCAUUCGGUAUUUUAAUAUACUCUUAUUAAAAAAUUACUUUGGAAAGUCUGUCUUAUUGAGAAUGUCGGCUAUAUUUAUACUUUUCAAGAACUAUACAAUUAUAGUGCAUCGACCAAGCAAUGUCAUCACAAUUGCUCUAAAAUCAAUGAAGAGUACGGCAUGAAGUUAGUACACUAUUUUUGUUUUUUAAAAAAUUUCUACUUCUACUGCAGAACUUUACUAUUACUGCAACCCUCGAAGAACAAUAGAACUCUUUCCAAAAAUGCAAAGACCCAUGAAAAAGUUCAGGGUGCCAAUUAUCAUGGGUCUGAUUUUGUCAUGCAUGGUUUGAAUUUCCCUCGGAAUUUCCUGAGUUAUUGGUGAAGAAAAGCUUGCCAUUUGUACAUUUAAUUAGUGUGCAAAAAAUUAUGUAAGAAUUAAUAAUAAUGAAAUUUACUUCAACAAUUUUUUUAGACACAUUUAGUAACUCAGCAGUAAGUCUGUCAUAACAAACUUAAAGGGAAGAGCCAGGUGAUCCUUAUAUCCGUUGAUAUUUCAAACUAAUCAAAAAAAAAUUGAAACCAGAGUCAUUAAAUAAAGUGACUUUGAAACAGUUGGUACUUCUUCAUUUGCUUCGUCUUCCUCAUUUUUAUUGUCAGAAUUCAAGAUUCCAGCAAUAGAAGUUGACUGAGAGUUUGAUGUCAUAACGUCAAUAUCAUAGAAGCUUAGUGGUCACAACACUGUCGUGAACUAUUGUUAUAAAAUUUGUUUUGAUCCAUUCACCUCCGGGUGUGGCGAUAUAUUACUGAUAUUAGCUGUUUGCCCCCGUUUUCCGCUAAAAUAGUUUGUUAAAAGCGAUCAUUCACUGUAAAUGUUACUUAUAUGGAAAGCAAUUUUGUAGUUAGUCAAUUUUUCCUUAGAACCAGGCGUUCGUUAUAAAUAACCCAGUUCUACUGCAUAUCCAAAUCUGCCAUACGAACGUAAUAAGUUGAUUGGCGUUAGGUGGCGUCACUAUAGAUAAUAAAUUUAUUUAGCUCAUAAAGUUGUUAUGGCGCGUUAAUAAUAAGUGAUUAAAAAACAUUUUUCUACUAACUACUCGAAUUCAUUAUUUUUGUAAAAACAGUAUUUUUGAUGAAAAAAAAUCAAACCAACCAUUCCAGUGAAAAUUGCAUUUAUUUUUUAUACAAAAAUUUGUAAGUAGUGCCUUAAGAUAAAGACUGAAAAUUCUGUUUUUACGAUAACUAAUUCAUACAUAUAUUUUUUUAUUUAUUAGUUUAUAAGUAAAAAAAAAAAUAGGUAUGUUAUGGUGCUAAUCAAUGCUUUUUUUACCAAGACAAAUUUAUUGUACCAAAUUAAGCUUUAGUAUUUAUUUAUUUUUUUGACCUUUAAUGCUCUUUUUCAAACCAAAACGAAUGUAUAAUUAUAAAUGGUUGUUGAACGUCUUCUGUCCAACAUUAUCCUUAUAUUUUAUAUAAAAAAAUUGAACUGACUAUCCCAGCAAUAUGGAGGACAGGAGACAAGUUUUUGCUUAUACAAUAUUUUUAUUGAAUUUGUAUAAAAUAAACCUAGUUUUGAUAUUAUACAUAAUAAUAACAUAUAUUAUGCUUUAAAUUUGUAAUUAUUAUUAAAUAAAUAAAUAAACUAUUAUUGUUAUAUUUGAAUAAAAA